CUCAAUAGGAAACCCUACGUAUUAUGCGGGUUGGGUUGGGAAAAUACACGGAUUUAGAUGUUUUGCUCACCUGGGCAAAACAUAAGGUCCAAAUCCAAUAAAGCUUCAUUUAGAGGUUGUCCUCUUCAGUCAUUUCCCUGGCGGGAACUAGAUCUAAAUACCAAAACUCGAUCACACUGGAGCAAUCAGAAAAAAUGGAACCACCAGUAUCCCCUUCCGCCACCCUAAAAACCCCCGACGACGAUCAAUCAAGCCAAACCCCGCCACCACCAUCUCCACCGCUACAAUCAACAACAACAAUCCAUCAAUGCCUUCCACAUUCCACCACCACCUCCACAACCGCAACAUGUUGUAACUGCGGUGGUCCAGCUGAAAUCCCACCACCACAACCAGUAUGGUCAGAAAUUUCACCGCCCCCAAAUUACAGACCGAUUCGUGCUCCAGCUCUCAAUCUCCCACCAAACUACUCACAACAAGCUAUCAUCGACACUCCAGUUCCCAAAUCAGAAAAAGUCUCAGUAAUUUCACUUCCUCAUAAAUUCAAAUCCCCAUCUAAGAAGAUUCGUGUACAAGAUGAUAUGAAAUCUUUCAUCAAAUCCGAUUCUGCAAACAACUUCAUCGGAUUCAUCGUUUCAUUAAGUGAAUCAAUCCGUGGGAAGAAAUUAUCAGAACCGUGUCAUGAAUCGGAAACCCUAAGCUCAAUCUGUUCUGUAAUGGAUACUCUUGUGAGUUGGGUUGAUGAGAUUCCACCUAUUCAACAAGCUGGAAGGUAUGGGAAUUUUUCUUAUAGAGAUUGGUAUGAUAGAUUGCUUGCUGAUUCUGAGAGUUUGAUGUUGAAAUUUUUACCUGAAGAUGUUAAAUCCAGUACUAAAGAGAUUGUUCCAUACUUUACUGAUUCAUUUGGCAAUUCUGCUAGACUUGAUUAUGGUACUGGUCAUGAGACUAAUUUUGCUGCUUGGUUGUAUUGUUUAGCUAGAAUGGGAGUAAUUAAGGAAGAGGAUUAUCAAGCUGUUGUUUCUAGAGUUUUUAUUAAGUAUCUUAGUGUGACGAGGAAAUUACAAACUGUUUAUAAUCUUGAACCGGCGGGAUCGCAUGGGGUAUGGGGUCUUGAUGAUUAUCAUUUUCUUCCGUUUAUAUUUGGUUCGUCGCAGUUGAUUAAUCAUAAGUAUAUGAAGCCGAAGUCGAUUCAUAAUCAGGAUAUAUUGGAUAAUUUUGCCAAGGAGUAUCUUUAUAUUUCGUGUAUUGCGUUUGUGAAGGAAAUGAAGAAGGGAGUAUUUGCUGAGCAUUCGCCUUUGUUGGAUGAUAUUAGUGGUGUGCCUAAUUGGGGUAAGGUGAAUGGUGGGUUGCUUAAAAUGUACAAGGCUGAGAUAAUGGAGAGUAUCCCAAUUAUGCAGCAUUUUCUAUUCGGUUCGCUACUUGAAUGGUAAUUAACCUUACUUGAAGAUCUUUUACACUGAUAGGUACUUUGAUGGUAACAAGUCGAGGACUUGUGUUUCCCAAAUAAUAGCUGAGGUAGCACGCCUAAUUGAAUUGUUAUCACUGAUCUUAAUGUUACCGUUUGAUUAACUGUAGUUUUUCUCCAUGUCCGUAAUAUUUUUUUAUAUAAUUGGUAUCUGGAUAUGUGCUUUGCUUGGCAUGAUUUUUGUUUA